CACAUCACUACACGAGUCACGACCACGGGCCGGAAGCGUUGUGCACGUCAGUCAUUCAUUUUUGAUCUAAAGAUUUUUACAAACUAAGUAAUUUUCCUAUCAAUUUUAUUUCGAUUUCAAGUUGUUUGAGAGACGCUAAAAACCGGGUGCUACAAAUAUAUUGUGAAUAUUGCUUUUGCAUUUACGUCUUAUUUUUAAGAAACUAACAUGUCUGGAGAACCUGAUGUUGCUCGUACUCCAGAGGAGGAAACUGAGGAAGAAAUCAAAUCCUCUUACAAACCACCUCCGGAGAAGACCAUCGAGGAGAUCCUUGCUGCUGACCAGGAAGAUGAGUCUUUACGGAAGUAUAAAGAGGCAUUGUUAGGACAGGUGCAGGCUGGACCUAUUAUCGUUGACGCUAAUGACCCACGGAAAGUGAUUGUCAAAAAGCUGGCGCUGUGCGUUGCUGAACGUGAUGACUUAGAGCUAGACCUCUCUGGAGACCUUACUGAUCUCAAAAAACAGGUAUUCACUAUAAAGGAGGGUGUGCAAUACAAAAUAAGAAUCGACUUCAUAGUGCAGCGUGAGAUCGUGCACGGACUCAAGUAUGUGCAAAAGACCUACCGUAUGGGUGUGCCAGCUCCUGUGGACAAAAUGACACACAUGGUCGGAUCUUACCCUCCCAAAACCGAGAUUCAGUCAUAUACCACGCCCCCUGAAGAUGCGCCUUCGGGGAUGAUGGCGAGAGGAUCCUAUUCUGUCAACAGCCUCUUUACUGAUGACGACAAGAAUGUCCACCUUCAGUGGGAGUGGACCUUUGACAUCAAGAAGGACUGGAAGGAUUAGAUAGGAUGGGUGAGGUCCAGUACUUCCAGCGUUGCGGUAAAUUUACUGAUUUUAUAGAAUAUCUACUGUAGAAACAGUAGAUUGCGAAAAAUACAAUUAACGGUUUGUUAAUACGUUAAAAUUUUAAGAAACUCUUUAUAAAGAACUCUGGACUUUAGUGGAACUACUUAGUCUGGAAGUACUGGUGAAUCUGCGGCCCAAAAGGAAAUUGCCCAUACCCAGCAAAAUAUACUUAAAAGAGAAUUGAAAAUCAACCCGAUUCUGCAAUGGAAUAAAUAAUAGUU